AUGGCCACCGCAGUCCUACAGCCCCAAGCCGUCACCACCAUCUUGAACUACCAUCUCGAGCCUGAGCGAGGUGGAGCGGAGGUCUGGUGCCCCGGCACCGUUCGCGACAAGCGUCGACCGCACGAACACGCAGAAGUCACCGUCUACAACAUUCGAGGACAUGAGGCCGAAUUCACGCUGGACAAGCAGGGUUUCGCCGUCGGCCCGUUUGCCACGUCCGUGGCCGAUGUCGACGAUGAUUCGGAGUUCAGGGGACAAUACUAUCAAGACGUGAUUGCACAUUUGAAGAAAGUGACUGGCGCAACCAAGAUCCUGCCUGUGGUUCACAUCGUCCGUCGACUACCAUGGGACCAGGUGGCAGCCGCGGAGAAGGACCUGCCCGACAGUGCGCCGGUGACAGCACCCACGGCCAAUCGAUCUGUACACGUCGAUCAAUCCUACUUUGGCGCCGAACUGGUACGAGACAGCAAACUGGACGAAUUGCCCGCGGCCGAGGCGGAGAAGCUCAAGAAAGUGCGCUGGGCCAUCAUCAACCUCUGGCGGCCGCUGAACCCGGUGACGCGCGACAACAUGGCGCUCUGCGACGCCCGCACCGUCGACGAGAAGGACCUGACCGCCGUGUACGCCGACCUGCCCGAGGAACUGCGGAACGCAAAGACGGGCUACAACUUCGCCGCCAAAUCGCGCUCCGAGGCCUGGGAGGUCAAGGCCAACCCGCGCGCCCACAAGUGGUACUAUGCCGCCAACAUGAAGCCCGACGAGGCCUUGUUGAUCAAGCAGUUUGAUUCCAAGCCCCACGGCGUCGCGAGGCGCACGCCCCAUAGUGCCUUUGCCGCCAAGGAGGACUAUGGUCCUACCAGGCAGAGUAUCGAGGUCAGAUGUCUUGUUUUCUGGGAGGACCAGCCGCAGGAGUGA